UAACCAAUCAGGAUGAUCCUAACACUAUUAAAGCGCUAAGAUGCAUUUUUUUGUUUGUUUGUUUUUAUUUUUUUAUUGUUCGUUGGUGAAUUGGGAAGAGUAUUUGGAAAAUGAGUGGGAGAGGUAAAACCAGUGGUAAAGCAAAAGCUAAGGCAAAGUCUCGUUCAUCCAGAGCAGGAUUGCAGUUCCCAGUUGGUUGUGUUCAUAGGCUGCUGCGGAAAGGUAACUAUGCAGAACGUGUCGGUGCUGGAGCCCCGGUCUAUCUGGCCGCGGUGCUCGAGUACUUGACUGCUGAAAUCCUGGAGCUGGCUGGGAACGCCGCUCGGGACAACAAGAAGACCCGAAUCAUCCCGCGUCACCUGCAGCUCGCUGUCCGCAACGACGAGGAGCUCAACAAGCUGCUGGGAGGGGUCACCAUCGCUCAGGACGGAGUGCUGCCCAACAUCCAGGCUGUGCUGCUGCCCAAGAAAGCUGAGAAAGUACCCAAGAGCAAAUAAACUACCGUGACCCACUUAAAGAAAACCCAAAGGCUCUUAUAAGAGUCACCCACUGUCCCUGUGAAAGAGCAGAUUCUUCUCGGAGAAGCGUAUUCAUAGUAGACCGAGUAAAGAAACUACAGAAGUCGCUCCUCAGGAGAAGAGCGCUACUAGGAAAGCGGGCCCCGCCGUGUCUGACCUUGUCAAGGCAGUGUCUGC